CUCCCCGCGCGGGCUGCGGAAACGCCGCGGCGCGGGCGCGGGGAUGCGCCGGCUAUGGAGCGGCCGCGGCGGCCGGGCGCACGGAGCCAGCGGGCGCCGCCGCAGCGGGGGCACCGCUUGAGUCGGGGCUCCGCGGGGCUGCGGGGCCUGGGGCCGCCCGCCGGGGUCCCCGUCGCCGCCGCCGCUGCCGCCGCCUCGGGGAAGGGCGGGAGCCCCGCGUGGCGGACGCCGCAGUAGCCGCCACCGCGCCGCGGCCCCGCGGCUCCCCGGCGAGCCGGGCCGGGAGAGGGGCGUGUGCGCGCGUGUCGCCGGCCCGAGCCGCCGCCGCCGCCGCCGCCGGGGGCUCCGCGCAGCCAUGCUCCCCGGGGUGGGCGUGUUCGGCACCAGCCUCACGGCCCGAGUCAUCAUCCCGCUGCUGAAAGACGAGGGGUUCACCGUGAAGGCUCUGUGGGGCCGCACGCCGGAGGAAGCCGAGGAGCUGGCCAAGGAGAUGAGCGUCCCCUUCUACACCAGCCGCAUCGACGAGGUGCUGCUGCACCAGGACGUGGACUUGGUGUGCAUCAACCUGCCGCCGCCCCUCACGCGGCAGAUCGCGGUCAAAACCUUGGGCAUCGGCAAGAACGUCAUCUGCGACCGCACGGCCACGCCGCUGGACGCCUUCCGCAUGAUGUCGGCGGCGCACUACUACCCCAAGCUCAUGAGCAUCAUGGGCAACGUGCUGCGCUUCCUGCCCGCCUUCGUGCGCAUGAAGCAGCUCAUCGAGGAGGGCUACGUGGGCGAGCUGCUGGUGUGCGAGGUGCAGGUGCACGGCGGCAGCCUGCUGGGCAAGAAGUACAACUGGAGCUGCGACGACCUCAUGGGCGGCGGCGGGCUGCACUCGGUGGGCACCUACAUCAUCGACCUGCUCACCUUCCUCACGGGCCAGAAGGCCGUCAAGGUGCACGGGCUGCUCAAGACCUUCGUCACGCAGACGGACCACAUCAAGGGCAUCCGCCAGAUCACCAGCGACGACUUCUGCACCUUCCAGAUGGUGCUGGAGGGCGGCGUGUGCUGCACCGUCACCCUCAACUUCAACGUGCCCGGCGACUUCAAGCAGGACGUGACGGUGGUGGGCUCGGCCGGCCGCCUCCUGGCGCUGGGCACCGACCUGUACGGGCAGCGCAACUGCGCGGCCGAGCGGGAGCUGCUGCUGCAGGACGCCACGCCCGUGAGCAACGCGCUGCUGCCCGCCAAGGCCUUCAGCGACAUCCCCGCGCCCUACCUGCGCGGCACCAUCAAGAUGAUGCAGGCCGUGCGCCAGGCCUUCCAGGACCAGGACGACCGGCGCACCUGGGACGGCCGGCCGCUCACCAUGGCCGCCACCUUCGACGACUGCCUCUACGCCCUGUGCGUGGUGGACACCAUCAAGCGGUCCAGCCAGACGGGCGAGUGGCAGAACAUCGCCGUCAUGACGGAGGAGCCCGAGCUGAGCCCGGCCUACCUGAUCAGCGAGGCCAUGCGGCGCAGCCGGAUGUCCCUGUACUGUUAGCGCCGACUGGCCGCGGGGGGCGGGGGCUGACCGCGGGGGCGUCCUGGGCCUCCUGCGUGCGGCCGAGGGGAGCAGCGAGGCUGGGGGAGCGGGGGAGGGGGUGAUGGCGUCUGGCAAGGUGUAUCCCAGCCUCAAAGAGGCGCGCCCCCUGAGCUUAGGGUCUGGGAGCAGUGGCCCCCUACGGGGGGCGGGGGCGUCUGUAGGAGAGGGGGGCUGAGCUGACUCCCCUCCCCCCGUUCUUGAGGAUCCAGGACCCGUGGCGUUUGGUCCAGCCCGUCCCACUGUGGCCCUAGGUUCCCCGGGUGGGCGGGGUCUCUGCGGGCACGCAUCUGGUGGCUGGGCAUCAAGACCCGGGGUGCUGAUAGGAGAAGGUGCGGGAUAGUUUGGGAAUGGGGGGGGCAGGGGGAGGUCAUAAGUGGGAAAGUUGGAAUUCCAGGAAGCCAUGGGAGUGGUGGAAGGAAAAGGUACUGGGGCGCAGAGAGUGCGCGGCUGCGUCCACUGCAGCACCCUUCCUCCUGGGCGCGCACUGCUCUCUCAGUCUCCGCGGCCGCGUUGCCUGGCAGUGACCCUCCGUGGGGUGUACCAGGAGGAGCAGUCUCAGAAGAGGGUCCCUAGCUGCAAGGGGAGCCCAGGGGGGCAUGGCUGGAGGGCACAGCAACGGGUCGAGAAGCAAAUCCCUCCAUUUGUGAGCGGUUCUGGUGUGGACGGGAGGCGGUUCUGCGGGGGCGGGGCGGUGGUCCUUUCCCGGCUCUGCGGGCAGGGCCAAGGACGCUUGCGGGGAGGUCUGGGUUUGCCCUCAAGCUCCGAAGCUGCCCUGGACUGCUGGGACCCAAAGGCAAGUGGGCAUUGCGGUGGGCAGUGCCCACAAGGUAAACUGAGUCAGCCCAUGCUCAACUGUGUCUCCCACACCCUGUCUCCAAGCUGGCUGGGCAGGGCUGCCUCAAGUGCCCCCCCACCCCGAGCAUCAUGUUCCCCCCACACACACACAUACUUCCCAUCCCCCACCCCAAACAUCGUGCAUCCCCCACACGCAAUUCCCUUCCAGAGAAGUCGGGGCGUGUCUUUAGCACUAACCUUUGCAUUCACGUAGGCAAUUUGACGAGGUAUUAGAGCAGAGGAUCAAAGAGAGAAUAAGGAGCAUCAUGUUCAGUGUUUCUGAAAUAGGGGUUCAGAGCCCUGGCAGGUGUUUACAUCCCCUGGAUCGACACAGGUGUGAAUGCAGGAACACACGUGCCCUUCCCGUCUCCCGGGUUUCCUGUCUCUCGUCUUGUUGCUCUCUGCUGACCGGUCUUCAUUGGUGGAUUGCAGAUAUGCAGCGGCCUUCCUAAGGAAAGAUGCCAGUCAACCCUCUCCCUCUCUCUCUCUCCGUCCCUCCCUCCGUCCCUCCCUCCCUCCCUCCCUCCCUCCCAUCCUCUUUAUCUCUCCCUCCUUCCCCCGUCUCUGUCUGUCUUUGUCUCUGUCUCUCUGUCUCUGUCUCUGUCUGUCUGUCUCUCUAUCUCUGUCUCUGUCUCUGUCUCUCUCUCUCACACACACACAUUUCUGAGUGACAGAUGUCAGAGCUGGUCUUAAGAGACGGACCCCACCAGUUUUGAAAUCUGGGAGUCCCUCCUUUGGCUAACUUUGCUUCAUCCCUCCCCCAGAGUGGUUGGACGUGGCAUCCCCACGUGGCUAUCUUUGGCACGUGGCUGAGCUUUGGGCUUGUGACAACUGGUAGGGAACAUAAGGGCCACCCCCCAGGAUCUGUGUGGGCGGAACCUCCAAGUGAAGGCUCAGUCAAUCAGUUGCUCCCCCAUUCUCCUCCCAGGGUCCGUGCUGAGCUCAGACCGUGCCGCAGGAAGUGUGUGUGUGUGUGUGUGUGUGUGUGUGUGUGUGUGUGUGUGUAGCGGGGGGAGGGGUGAGUCUCAAACACCACCAGAAGGAUGGCCACUUGCUAGCACUGAGGAGAAAUACUUCUCUCGCCCAGUCCCCCCCUCUGCUUUUCUGGCCUGCUCAGGUGGGAAAGAUUGAACAGCAGAAACUCCUGUCACCGAGGGCUCGUGGGUGACAGGCUGCAAAGAGCUUCCACAAUUCUCGGUUCCAGACGUGGGAGAUUUGGAAGAGGAAAGAGCAUCUGCCCUGGAUAUUCUGGCCCAGCCGCUUUGAAAUUGCUUUAGAAUGGAGAGGAUUUGUUUUUCUUGUUCUCCUGACAGGCAGUGAACAAGGAUGAAGGUAGCGAGACUAAAGUACCCUCUGGGUCUUGUUUUUUGGCUAAGUGGCUUAUUAUCUGGGCAGUGUCAUGCUGGGGUUUCACCUUCACACUGCAGAGCUGACAGAGAUGCUUAGGAAGUUGUUCUCCGCCCCGCCCAGGCCUCUGGGGUCUAGGAUAAAUAUUGUCUCCAGCAGAAAUUCUCAACUGCACCACUGGGGUACCUACUUCUUUUUAAAGAUCUUCUUCUUCUUCUUUUUUUUAAAUCGCAUGAAGAAUAAUUUAGUAAGUGCACUCAGGUUCUAUCUACUGAAUGCAUGGAGUAGGUAGAUCAAAGAAUGAGAGGGAGGGAAAAAAAAUCAACACCCAUUGCAGAGUCCCUUUGUGGAUGCAGUAGUGAAAGGAAGGUGCACUGUUGCUCUAAUGCUCUUUUGGCUCCAACUUGCAUUCAGAAGCAAAGCCAAUCGCCGCACCCGGGCUCUCAGCUCUCUGCCCACCCUGACCUGGGCCCGGCCCAGCCACCAGCCCGCCCCCUCUGCUUUGCUUCUUGUGUCCUGAGGACCUGGGGUCUGGGAGUGAAGGUCCACUUUAGUCCCCGCCUCGACUGAUUUCUUCCUCUCACUGUGUCCAGGAAUGUUGGCUGUUGUGAUCGGUGUGGCCCUCAACGUGUCCUUAGUUCCAAAUCCUCAGAGAAGGUCUCUCGAGUGGGCGUGAGCACUCUGGGCUCUGAAGCUUGGCUUCUCUGAGCUUCGUUUCUGGAGCAUGACCUGGCAGUGCCCCGUGUCCCCUGACUCUGGGGGGAACACCCAGACCAGCGGCACAGGUGCCCUCCGCUCACAGGGUGGCGCUCUCCUCUGUAGCGGGGGAGUCUGGGCCUGCCAGGGGCCAACAUGUGACUCAUUCUUCUCCAGAGGAGUCUCUCCCAGACCCGGCCCCCAUUUCCCAUCGCUCUGGGCCAGCACUGGGUGGGGGUUCCGCUCCGGCCGGGCUGUUUGAAGCUCAGCAUCUCAUGGAAGCCACUGAGCCCUCCGGCGGUGUGAAUCCUAUAAAGAAAUCGAACGUCUCCCCCCAAACUACAAAACAGAAGAGAACUCGGGAGGUGGGGAACCGAGAGGGCUGGUGUGCCUUGCAUUUGAGCCCCAGCUUCCCGUGGUCCUCCGAGCACCGCUGGGAGUGGGCACCAAGCUGGGAGGGGAGCAGUUCCUGAGCACCAAUGGGUACACACAAACACACACACACACACACACACACACACACACACACACACUCCCUGAGAAAGGGGGGCUUGACGCAAGCCUGGGAAACCAAGCGGACUCACCUAUAUCCUACCACCCAGUCCCGCCGGAUGGCUUGGUGGGUUUCAGCCCACCUUACAUCUGAGCCGUUUCUCCUCCUGCCCACGCUGCCUCCCAGCUGUGCUCCUGACUGGGCCGGGCAGGAGAGCCCCUGUGGAUGCUGUCGGGGCUGAGGCUCCGCCGUGGGCACUGCAGUUCCCCACUGCUGCCACCCCGUCCCUUGGAGCAGGCGACCGCAGCACGGCUUCUGUCAACGGGGGUCGGGAGCUUCAAAUAGGAGUCCUGGAAUUUUCUGUCCCUUCCAACAGGGAAGUCUCACUCAGCGUCUCUUCAAGUCCCCUUCCUGCGGGGAGCGAGAUGGGAGGGGAAGCAGCAGACCGCCAAGUGGGGGGGUUUCCAUUCAAGGACACGGUGCUGCUGGUGGAGUGUAGGGACACAGGAAGUCCCCUUUCUGGGGAAGGGGCUUCUCCUCUGCGUUUGCUGGUGAUCAGAAUUUUCUUUCUAUUUUUUUUUUUAAUGGGGGCACCAUACCCAGCUCUGGUCAGAGCUUCCUCCUGGCUCUGUGCUCAGGGAUCACUCUUGGUAGGGUUUGAGGGACCAUAUAGGGUGUCAGGGAUUGAACCCCAGCUGGGUUGCCUGCAGGGCAAGUGCCCUACCCACUGAACUAUAUUUCCAGCCCCCGGUGACGGGGUUUUUCAUGGAUGGCGGCGAGUAUUCCACAUUGUGGGUGGGUGUUCAGACGCGUGGAAGGAGACUUGAGUCCAGUCUCUUUGGUCCUUUUCUGUCACAGGACGCUGAGUGACGGCCGAGACAUGCUCCUUAGCAGUCAGGUUCACUGAAAGGUCCAUGUUCUGACCCCCCAUCCCCCAACACCAUCCCCCCCCACACACACUGCCCUGGGAGCACUCAGACAGGAAGGAGGAGGGGUGAGAGGUGGGGGCACUUGCCCACACCCUGACAGGGAUCGCUGGGGGAGCAGCAGUUAGAGCUCAGAUGUAGGGCACGAGCGGGGUGCUUUUGGGGAUGCCUCGGGACACCCACUCUCCCCACCUACAUCCUCAACAUCCCAGGCGGGACCCCCCCACCCAGCCCUUCCCGCCUGCUCUGCCAGCCAGUCCCGAGGGUCACAGGCAGAGACCCUGAUAUCAGGGAGCCAUUUAAAGAGCCCUAGCUCCCAGGGGCCCCGCUUUUGCAUCUCUGGCAGGGCAGGGAAGAAGGGAUGAAGAACUGCGUGUGGGUGUUGUCUGACCCUGCAGCUGUGCCACAGACCCCGUGCUGGACAGGCAUGUGGGUGAGGGCCGUGCUCCCAACUGCAGAUCAGAGCCACGGGGCCACGGAGACAGGCUUCCUGGAUGUACAAGAACAAGGAAGAUGCACUGGGCUUCCGGAAGAGUCUCAGGCUUCCCCGUGGUCUGCAUUGGCUGAUGGGGGGGGGGCGGGUUAAGCACAUCAGGGACGUGUCCUUCCCCUCAUCAUGGUCCCCGAGUACUGGAGCCCACACAGGGACACCUCGGGCAGCAGUGGCUCUCAGCCAGGCCACGUGCAUGCUGUGCUCCCAGCAGCCAGUGUCUCCGCCCCCCCACCCGCCUGCUUAACCAGCAGGUCAGUAAUAAGUGGUACCAGGGCAGCACAGGCAGCGGCCCUGUGCCGAGUGCGCCCUGGGUGGGCAGGGGGCCAGGUCACCCCUAGACCUGCUGGCACCGUUUCUUUUCCCCUGUUCCGUCUCUGCUGUCCCUGGCUACCCUCUCCAAGGCCCAGUGGUCGGAGGAGUAUCCCCAUUUCUCCUUGUCAGCGAGGCGAUUCCUUUGUGACUCUGGUCUCAUCCCAGGUGAAGAAACCGAACAAAAAGCAAGAGACAUGCACAGCUCCUGCACGCCCCCUCCAGUGCCAGGCGUCCCAAGGUGUCGAGAUUUGGCCCCAGCCAGGGGUCAGCUUUUAGCGAGCCUGACUUUUUGACUGCUGCCCGGUGCUCUGACAGUUGUUGCUUUUUGUUUUAUGGUUGUUUUGUUUCGUUUUGUAAACAACCAAAAUAGCAUUUGUUUGGUUCUCCUGGUCAAGUAUAUAUUUAUUGUGUUUUUUUCCGAACAUGAGUAUAUAUAUAUAUAUAUAUGUACUUAUAUGUAUAAAACCAAACAUUAUGUAUAAAAGUCAAGGCAUGUAUACUAAAUAUUUCAGAGUUAUUUAUCAAAGGGGAAAUAUGUGUGUUAUAAAAAUAAAGAGUCUAUAUUUUCUAUAUUAUGUAGAUAGCAAAAAAAAUAGCUAAUAAAUUAUAGAAGAUUCUGGGUUUUUUUUAUUACGAAAGCAAAAUACAAGGCUGGUUGAAUGCCGCUGUUCCUCAUGGUGUUGUUAAGUUGAGCUUCCCAUGGGAGAGGUGUCCCCUUCGCAGGUCACCGUAGCUCCGGGCCAUGGCUGGCCGCCUCUCAGCCACGCCACACGUGUGUGCGCCAUGUUACACUCGCUCCUGCCGCCCUCCCUCCACCCUUGCAUUGUGGGAUCAAGAAUGAAAGUCACAAAUAAAGAUUGAUGAGAUGUGA